AAAAUUUAGUUGACACGCUCAUAAGACACCCCUAGCAGAUACCCCAAGGGGACGAAUCGCAGUUCGUAGAAUGAUAUGGGAACCUUUGAAAAACAUUUUUCGAUGUUUUAAUGUUAACAUGUCCAUCCUCUGAGAUCGAGUAAAAGGUGCAAGUGAAACCAUACGCACGGAAGGAUAUUUUGUAAAGCAACGGAAUCGUGAAUCGGCGAAUUAAGAAAGUUCAUGUGUGUGAAGUCUGCUGAAAAAAUGUUCAUAUGGGUGCUUUUCUCACUCGCGAUGUCUGCUGCUGAGAAAGCAAAGAAGCAAAUAUUGCAAAUCGAUCUUAUGCGUAGCAUUGUAAUCUCCGUUCAUCUAUAACAUCGACGUACAAAAAAUACAAAUAAAAAUAAAAGCACCUUAUACUCGUUAGUUUGUUAUAGUUUUGUAUUGAAUCUUUUUAGAUAAAACUGAAGAAUUAAUUAAAAUUAUAUUAGCAUUUAUAUGUAUUGGAGCAUAUACUGGAAAACCUAUAAAUGCCGGUCUAUCUCUGCAAAUGUUCCAUUCUCCAUCUUGAUUGAAAAUGAGUGACUGCAAUUUAAACGGGACGGAUACGUUAAGCCAUUUCGAUUUGACGUAUUUCAUUGGGACAACGCAUCAUACUAUUACCAAUAAUUUUAGCAUGUGCUACUACAUGUUGUGUGUGAUCGUAACUAUUCUUGCUAUAUCAAUAUACUGCUUGUUUUAUAUUCCUUGUAGUUGGACAAAGAAAGUUUAUGACGGCUAUAACUUGGAUAUCACUGUUGGUCGAAAAUGGAACGCGCUUGCGAAAAGGGAUGCAAUUAACAGAAUUAGAAAACUUCGAAAAAUAGGUGCUAAGGAGCUACCUCCUCCAUAUCCAAAUGGCUGGUACAGCAUACUAGAGUCGUCAGAUUUGAAAAUGGGUGAAGCAAAAAGCAUAUUUGCGUUGGGAGAGCAUUUGGUUGCUUACCGAACGAGAGAAAGAAACGUGUAUGUUUUGGAUGCUUACUGUCCACAUAUGGGUGCUAAUUUAGGCGUAGGGGGGCGAGUUAUUGAUGAUCAAAUUGAAUGCCCAUUUCAUCAAUGGCGUUUUCGUGGUAGUGAUGGCAAAUGUGUUAACAUCCCUUACGCUACGGGCGUAUGCCAAGGAUCUAAACUCCGGACGUGGCUCGUAAGAGAAGUAAAUGAUAACAUUUUCUUAUGGUACCACGCUAAUCCUGCGGAGACACCGUGGUCCCUACCUGUCAUAAAAGAAAUUGAAAAUGAAGAGUUUGUGUUUCAUGGAAGAAAUGAGUUUUUUGUGAACUGCCAUAUUCAAGAAAUCCCCGAAAAUGGAGCCGACUUAGCCCAUUUUAAAGCAAUCCACGAGAAAAGUAUUUUGGCAGGCGGGAUUAAUUCGGUUACUAGUAGAUGGAAGGGUCCGGGAAGCCAUCACUGGCAAGCUGAAUGGAAGCCAUGCGAAUCACCUUACAAGCACGUUGCAAGAGUGACGCUGAAGCACUCAAUUGAAAUGACAUCUAAGUUGCACAUAUUCGAAAUGGAUGUUACAGGAGAACAGAUUGGCCCUGCAUAUGUGCAACUUCAUAUGAAGUCAGCGACAUUUGGCAGAAUCAAAGUAUUGCAAACAAUUACACCUGUUGAGCCGUUAAUUCAAAAAGUUGUGCAUAGAUUCUAUUCACAACGUAUUCUCGCUCCCAUUACGAAGUUAGUGUUCUUAGGUGAAAGCGUCAUGUUCGAGCGAGAUAUGAUAAUGUGGAAUCAUAAAGCGUUUCGGAAACACCCACAAUUAGUGAAGGAGGAUAGUGCCAUCAAAUUAUUCCGAAGCUGGUAUUUGCAAUUUUAUUCGGAGAAUAGUAAAACUUUUAGUGAAGCAUCAGAAAAUCUCGAUUGGUAACCGCGCAGAUUACAUCCUCUUUG